AUGAUUAAUGACAAUACACAAAAAAAUUGUGAUACGCAUUUUUUAAACUCUUCAAAUUCUCAACAACAAGAGACACCAGUUAUGUUUAUGACAUUAACAGAAGAACAACUUAAUUAUAUUCACUCAUUUAAACUUGGUAAUGUUAAGUUAUUAGAUAAAGUUACAUUUGUUAUUGGAGUUUGUUUGUUAACAAUUGGAGAAUAUGUGAUAUUAGUAAGACCAGAUUUAAUGCAUAUAUUUUAUAUGUGUCUUGUAAUUCCAUUGGUAACAGGAAGAUACUUAGUAUAUCGAAUGAAUAAAUGGCAUUAUUUCUUAUUAGAUUUUUGCUAUUUUACCAAUUGUGUGUUAAUUAUAAGUUGUAUACGAGCAUUCUUUUUACAACAAAACAUUAGUUGGAUUUUUCCAACAUUGUUUGUAGUAAUUUUUGGUCCAUUACUCACAGCUAUUCCAAUGUGGAAUAAUGCAUUAGUUUUUCAUGAUUUAACUAAAUUAACUUCAAUAACAAUUCACUUAUUACCAGGAAUGGUUGCCUAUUGUAUUCGAUGGUAUAGUGAUUUAGAUAUUCCAAAAGAAUUAAACUUUUAUAAUGGGUUUUUAUUCCCAUUACUAUUUUAUUCUACAUGGCAAAGUUUUUAUUUAAUUUAUACAGAAAUCUUUAAACGAGAUUUAAUUUAUGAUGAAGGAUAUAUGACUUCUGUUCGUUGGUUAGUAGAAGAAAAACCUCACAAAGCUGUUUUAUUUAUGAGAAAGUUUUUCCCUGAAAAAGUGUCAUCAUUAACUGUCAUGGUUAUUACUCAAUUUGGAAUGUAUUUUGCCACAACAUUACCCCAAUUUUAUCUUUAUAAUAAUAAAAAAGCUCAAACUUGUUGGAUGCUCUUUUGUUUUGUUUAUGCCAUAUGGAAUGGUGCCAAUUAUUAUUUUGAAGUCUUUGUAAAUCGAUAUGUUGAAUAUUUACAUAAAUUUAAACCAUCUCAAAAACAAUCAAAAAGUAAGAAUAAUUGA